GCGAAAACGAUGGCGUAGUUUCAAAUUGAAGCUAUAGCUACAAUUGCAAUCCUGGCACAAGUAACAAGAUAAACACCCUCCUCUCUCCUCCACAACAGCAAUUGGUGUCCCAGAAGUCCAAGAUGGGUCUGAUAUGUCGUCGCAUACACUUCUACGAGAUCAAUGACCAGACAUGGUAAGUCAAUUGCAGCGCAAAAACCCGCUAUCCUCUACCACCUUUCCAGCAAAAGAAAGACUGCUAAUCGAGAAUUCCAGGUUUCCCCAAUGCCUGCGCGAAAAAGUCCAAUCAUGUCUAACCCUCUGCUGGCAAUUUCGCGUCCCAAUAAUCCAAAAAGCCUCACCCGCGCAACUCGUCGCAAGCACGCUCUUCCGAACCCUCUCCAACAACGUAACGAACUACACCUACGUUGACUUCUGCGCCGGCGCAGGCGGCCCAACACCAUACAUCGAGAAAGACCUAAACGCGCAAUUAUCCUCGAAAUCCACGGAAGAAUCCACAAUCGAUAACAAAGGGCUCACACCACGAUCCCCUCAAACCGCGAAGGCUCAGAAGAAAGGGGAGGUCAAAUUCAUCCUGACAGACCUACACCCCCACAUCCCGGAUUGGACCGAAGCUUCGAAGCGCAGCGAGAACCUGAGCUUCGUUUCGGAAUCCGUGGAUGCUGCGAAUGCUCCUGCGAGCUUGAAUAGAAGUGGGGAUUUGAAGAUAUUCCGAUUAUAUAACUUAGCGUUCCACCAUUUUGAGGAUCCAUUAGGUUCUGCUAUUCUACGGAAUACUCUAGAAACCGCUGAUGGAUUUGGGUAACUCUCCUUAUCCUAAUCUUCCUAUCAAAUCUAACAUUAAUAGAAUCUUCGAGCUCCAAGAACGUACAAUCCCUUCGUUUAUAACAAUGGUCGCCAUGGGUUUCUUAAUGCUACUCAUAACCCCCUUUUAUUUCUGGAGAUCACCAGGCCACCUCUUCUUCACGUAUAUAAUUCCCAUCAUACCUUUCGUUCUCGUGGUCGAUGGCUUCACGUCGUCACUGCGAACGAGAAGCGCUGAGGAAGUCCAGGCGCUGAUGAAGAGGUGCGGGGCGGAGUGUGAUGGGUGGACAGUGAAGAGUGGCAAGGAACAACAUACAUGGCCAACGGGGUAUAUGACCUGGGUUAUUGGGGUGAAGCAUUAA